AUGAAGCACCUCGCAGCUUACCUCCUCCUCGGACUCGGCGGCAACACCUCGCCCUCCGCCAAGGACAUCAAAAACGUCCUCUCUGCCGUCGGCAUCGAGGCUGACGAUGAGCGCCUGAGCAAGCUCCUCUCCGAGCUCGAGGGCAAGGAUAUCUCCGAGCUCAUUGCUGCCGGUUCCGAGAAGCUGGCUUCCGUGCCCUCUGGAGGCGCUGGAGGUGCUGCUGCUGCCGGUGGUGCUGCCGCCGGUGGCGCGGCUGCUGGCGGCGAUGCCCCUGCUGAGGAGAAGGAGGAGGAGAAGGAGGAGUCUGAUGAGGAUAUGGGCUUCGGUCUCUUCGACUAA